AUGGCUCUGAUUUUAAUUAUCAUUUUAAUAUGUCUUCUAAGUUUUAAACCAUGGUCGUGGAAGACAAUUCAACUUAUUUGAAAGUACAGGCAAUACGAUGACAAGAUUCCCGGUCCACCGACUCAUCCAAUCUUCGGGAACACAGAAACAUUCAAGAAUAAGUCACAAACAGAAAUCACAGAAAUAUUCCGUCAAACUGCUGAUGAAACUAGAAGCCAAGGAAAAAGUGUCAUGAAGUAUCAUAUUCUUGGAAAACUUUAUGUCUGGCCAUUAGAUGGAAAAACUAUUGCGAAACUUGUCGAAUCCACUACAGAGCUCAAUAAAGGUGACGACUAUAAUUUUUUCCUUCCUUGGCUUGGCGGCGGAGUUCUUGUUGAAGGGUUUGGUGAACGGUGGAGGACCCAUAGAAAACUAUUAACACCUACGUUUCAUUUCGCAAAACUUGAAGGCUAUUUGGAAGUGUUCUACUCAGAGACUAAAAUCAUGAUUGAGCACCUUGAAAAGUUUGCUGACAAUGAGGAAACUGUAGACAUGUUUCCAUAUAUCAAGCGAUGUGCGUUGGACAUCAUUUGUGGAGCAGCAAUAGGUACAAAAAUUAAUGCACAAAUGCAUCAUAAUCAUCCGUACGUGAAAGCUGUAGAAGGUUUUAACAGCAUGGCGAUUUCUCACGCCAUCAAUCCAUCUUACCAAAUUCCUGCAAUAUACUGGGCACUUGGGCUUAAAAAACAGAAAGAUGCGCAUUUAAACACAAUGAAGACUUUCACUGUCAACGUUAUCGCAGACAGAAAAGCUGCGAUUGCAUCGGGCGAAGUGGAGAAAGAAACUUCGAAGAGGAAAAUGAAUUUUUUAGACAUUCUGCUCAAUAGUGAGGAGUCAAACAGUUUGACGUCAGAAGAUAUCCGCCAGGAGGUGGACACUUUCAUGUUUGCCGGCCAUGACACUACAACAACAUCAGUAUCGUGGGCAUGUUGGAACUUGGCACAUAAUCCUGAUAUUCAGGAAAAGGUUUAUGAAGAAAUUGUGCACAUUUUUGGAGAGGAACCAAAUGACGAAGUCACUUCGGAAGGAAUUAGUUAACUAGAAUACACUGAGAGAGUGCUGAACGAAUCAAAAAGAAUAAUAGCUCCAGUGCCUUCUCUGCAACGAAAACUUAUUAAUGACAUGGAAUUCGACGGGAUGACUAUUCCCUCUGGUGCAAAUGUUUCAAUUGCUCCACUUGCUCUGCAUUCAAAUGCACAAGUCUUUCCGAACCCGAAUAAAUUCGACCCUGACCGCUUUCUUCCUGAUGAAAUCGCCAAGAGAAACGCUUACGAUUUUAUGCCUUUCUCGGCGGGCCUCAGAAACUGCAUUGGUGAAAAAUUCGCCCUAUUGAACGAAAAAGUCAUGAUGAUUCACAUAUUGAAAAAUUUCCGGUUAGAACCAAUGGGUGGUUUUUAUUCAACAAAACCAAUGUUUGAGGCUGUGGCAAGACCUUCCAAUGGAAUUUCUGUAAAAUUAAUAAGAAGACAAUUUUGA